AUGAGUGAACGUGGUCGUGGACGUAGUCGUCCUGUUGUACCAGGUGAAGCAACUAGUGAACCAAGUGAUACUGCUGGUAUCACUCUGCCUACUGCUGAAGCGCCUACUACAUCAACUUUAGCUCCAUCAGUACCAACACCAACUGUUCCUCCAUCAACUGAAACACCAACAUCUGAAUGGUCAACAACAGAAGCUGCACCAGCAGUUCAACAAAGUGCUAUACGUCGAAUUGGUGGUGGUGGUACAAUAAGUAUUUCACGUGGUCGUGGUCUUGAUAAAUUAGCUCUACAUUUGGCUGAAAUGUCCAUUGGUGAACAUUAUGAAGGUCGUUCUCGUGGAGCACCAAUACAUGAAGAAGCUCAAAGAAGUAUUGUUGAUCCAACAGGUGUUAGUUUUCCUGAACCAGGAACAGAAAAACAAGGAACAUCAGGAGAACUUAUUGCACUAAUUGCAAAUUAUGUUCGCAUUUUAUCUGCACCACAAUGGUUACUGUAUCAAUAUCAUGUUACAUUUAUACCAGAUAAUACUGAUUCGAGAAAAACACGUCGAGAAUUAAUUGCACAACAUAAAGGUGUUUUACAAGAUGUUGUAUUUGAUGGACAAACUUUAUAUUCAUUUAAUGAUCUUAGUGAUGAUUAUGAAACAAAAUCACAUCAUGAAGCUACUGGUCAAGGUAUAACUAUUCAAUUACAUAAAGUAGCUGUACAAGGUCCUGAAUCACCAAUUUUUUUUCAUUUAUCAAAUUGCAUCAUGAGAAAUUUAACUUUAUUUCCUGGUUUUGAAACAGCUAUUAAUGUCUAUGAAGGUGUUUUAAUGAUGAAUGUUGAUUUAUCACAUAAAGUGAUUAAUAAUGUUAGUAUUUAUCAACGUUUACAAAAUAUUUUUGCACAAUUUCAAGAAUAUAAACUUGCACAAGAUACAGCUAUGCGAGAAUUAGUUGGACAAAUUGCCAUUACAACAUUAAAAAAAUCUUUUUUAGAAUAUUAA